ACACAGGGGCAGAGAGGCAGAGGGGCAGUUGGAGUUUGGUGCCCGGAGGAAAAGCUUGUCCCAAAGACGAGAGCUGAUCCAAAAGGAGGAAAUGGACCCUCGGAGGAGCGGACUGGACUGAGACCAGUGCAACAAAACAAAUUCACCAACGUUUAGACCAUUGUCCGGUAAAAUGGACAAAGAGGACGGAGACAACUCAAGUGAGGAGAAACUCAAACUGGAUGAAUGCAAAGAAACCAAAGACAAGAACAACCGUUUGGAGAAGGACAUCAGUGAGAAGGCCCCUAGGAAGCGCCGGUGUGGGUGGAAAGGAGGCUGGGGGCUCACUGAACGUCUGGCGAUAAAUGUGUCGGGGAUGAGGUACGAAACGCAGCUCCGAACGCUCGCACAAUUCCCCGACUCAUUGCUUGGGGACCCCAAACGCCGCUUACGCUAUUUCGACCCACUGAGGAACGAGUUAUUCUUGGACCGGAGCCGGGCCUGCUUUGAUGCCAUCCUGUACUUCUACCAGUCGGGCGGGAGGCUACGGCGGCCCGUGAACGUACCUAUAGACAUGUUCAUGGAGGAGCUGCGGUUCUAUGAGCUCGGAGAGGACGUAAUGGACCGCUUUAAGGAAGACGAGGGAUUUGCAAAGGAGGAAGAGAGGGCGCUGCCACAGGGGGAGCUGCAGAGGCGGCUGUGGAUGCUGUUUGAGUAUCCGGAGUCUUCCAGCGCCGCCAGGAUCAUCGCCAUCAUCAGUGUCAUGGUGAUCGUGGUGUCCAUCCUCAUCUUCUGCCUGGAGACGCUGCCCGAGUUCAGGCACGAGAAGGAGCUCCGAGAGCAACACACAGUGGAGCCUCACCCGACCAUUGCCAAUGAGACGGUGACCAUCCCCCCGCGCUUCACACCGUUCCAGGACCCCUUCUUCAUCGUGGAGACCAUCUGCAUCUGCUGGUUCUCCUGUGAGCUCCUGGUGCGGUUCUUCUGUGCUCCCAGCAAAGUCCUCUUCUGCAAAGACGUCAUGAACAUCAUUGACCUCUUCGCCAUCAUCCCGUACUUCGUCACCAUCGGCACUGAGCUCGCCAAGGACAAGGGAACACAGCCUUCCGUAUCCCUCGCUCUCAUCCGCGUCAUCAGGCUUGUCCGUGUUUUCAGAAUCUUCAAACUCUCCCGUCACUCAAAGGGAUUGCAGAUCUUGGGUCAAACUCUCAAAGCUAGUUUACGGGAACUUGCUUUGCUAAUCUUCUUCCUUUUCAUCGGCGUCAUCCUCUUCUCCAGCGCGGUGUAUUUCGCGGAGGUAGACAGGCCCAACACGCUGUUCACAAGCAUCCCCGAAGCCUUUUGGUGGGCGGUGGUUUCCAUGACGACGGUAGGCUACGGCGACAUGUACCCGGAGACGGUCGGGGGUAAACUAGUCGGCUCUAUGUGCGCCAUCGCGGGCGUGCUAACCAUCUCGCUGCCUGUUCCCGUCAUUGUCUCCAACUUUAGUUACUUCUACCACCGGGGUAUGGAGUGCGAGGAUACGACGCAGUACCAUCACGUUGAGACUUCGCUGUGGGAGAACGAGGGGGAGGAUGAGGAUGGAGAGGGGGAGGAUGGGGGAGGAGGAGAGGACUGGCCUGGGGAGUUUAUGGAAGAUAUGGCGCCGCUGUACGAGCCGAAUAACAGCCAAGUGUGCCACCCUCUCAACGGGACGAUUCCGUCGGGGCAAAAAGCUGUGAGCUACUACCACAGUGAGCCGUUGGUGACACAGGUGUGAGGGAGAGAGAGGGGAGAGGGAGGAGAGGGAGAGAGGAGAGAGAGGAGAGGAGAGAAAGGAAAGGGGGAGAGGGAGGCUAAGGGAGAGAGGGGUAGAAAGAGAGGUGGGGAGGGCGGUUACGGAAGGAGAGGGGGAGAGGAAGAGGGAGAGAGGGGGUACAGUAGGGUUGUCAAAAGUAUCGAAAAUCGGAUACUAAUCGAAACUAAAAAUAGUUUUGAAACUAGAUACUUAUUUGAAGAAACGAACCUUUCCUGAAUAGCUUUAGAAAGACCACAUAGAUUAGUAUACGUCCAUGGACGACUAUGGAACCUACCUGGACCACUGAGGGAUUACACAGAAAUAAGGCCACAUGGGAAUAUAAAAGAAAGUACUACCAUUCUAUUGUCUAAAGAAAGAGAGAUUUUAAUUAUCAUCGUGGUAUCUGAAUCAGCAUCGAGUAUCUAUUCCUUACUACUGAAAUCGCGUAUGAAAUUUUAGUAUCAUGACAACACUAGGGUAGACCGAGGAGAGGAAGAGGGAGUGCAAGGGCAGAGAAGGAAAAGGGGAAAAAAGAGAUGGUAGAGAUGGAGAGGGUGAGGGAGACAAAAAAGAGGAGAGAUGAGGGGAGGAGGAGGGGUGUUUCUUCAGUUUAUACUGCCUUUUUUAGUUCAUAUGCACUUAUUGCUUUUAUGUUAAAAAUGCCCUAUGUAACACUUUGGUGGGGGAUCCAUCACCUGACUGACUCCAUGGAGAUGUCAGUGCUUUGCCUAGAAUGUUCCACCAAGCUACAUAUAGUGCGUCUUUAAUGAGGGAUAAUAAUGUUAGAUAUUCUAUUGAGUUUGUAUUAGGCCGCUUUGAAAAAGCAGUCACCUCUGGGCAUUACGUUUGAAAACACAGGUAUUGAAAUGAUGCUGGCUUUGGUCAGAUCCAUAAAAUGAAUUUCCUCCUACAUCCAUGUCUGAAUCCAAAAGAGUCUAGAAUCGGAUCAGAGAGUUCUUUUUCACCUUCUCUUUAUAAGGAGCAUGCAUCUCUCUGAUUGGUUAAUCUACCUGUCAAUCAUGCCCCAACAACAGACUGUGUAUAUCAAUGGACAUAGCUAACCUGCUAGCCGCUGCGUUCAAAACAGAAAGAGAGCAUGGGUGCUCUUCUGGCUCCACUGACUCUGGCUCCAAUUCAUUUAACACUGAAAAGCUGUGGCCCCUCUCUGUUGUCAGGCUCUGCUGCAGUAAUUUGUGAUUUUGUCUGUAAAUCAAGUUAUGAACAUUAAUAACAGACAAAUCAGGCGUCUCCUUUCCCUGAGGAUCCCGACUAGCGCUAGUAACAGGUUUGAUUGAUCACGUUGCUAAGCUAAACCAGUGGUGCGGGCGGGAAGAGGCGUUAGCUUCAACAGCCUCAUUCCACAUCGGCUCUUCUGCUGCUAUACUUGCGUUUGAAAUUACUAAUAUGGAACUUGGCUCCAAAUUCGCCCUCAUAACUGUUAGCCUCGAUGAGCUUCAUUUGACUGGAGCUGAAUGCUAUGGGUGACAUCACACUCCCUCAGUCCACUUCUUUAUACAGUCUAUGGUCCAACUGAAAUCAGGGAGACAGGAUACGGUUCCAGACAGACUCGUCUUUUUGGUCAAAGUGUGCGGUUCUGGCUGGACAGGUGAUAAAUGCACUGGAUGAGGGUCUAGCCAAUGAGUCAGUGUAGAUUCUUUAAAAGCCUCUGCUGAUGCUGACAACACUCUUAAUGUUUUUGCACUUUAGUUUGUGAAAUUCUGCUGCAGAUUUACUCAUAAAGAAGCUUAUUUAUAUCAGUCUGAUUUUUUAUUACAGUUUGAAAAAGUCUCUGCACUUGUGUACUUGUACUGUUGGUAUCAGCUCUCAACAGAUAGUCCCAAUAUCAGUAUAAAUUUAACUAGGACUAGCUCAGACUAAAACAGGACUCAACUCAGACUAAACAUGGACGUAACCUGGAUUCAAACAAAACCUAUUUGUAUUUUUUCUAUUUUGAAUUUUGCAGAACUUUGGCAACUGUUUUGUUUAGAUCUAGAACAUGUCCUAUAGAGGUGUUUUAUUGGUGAUACUGGUACAAACAUUUAUACUUUAACUGGAAAGGUGUCUUUGAGCAAGACACUGAAUAGUUUUGCAGCUGCUGUACAGCACAUCCUGCGAUGCUAAAGACAUUGGACACUGUGUUUGUAGAAGCUACAUUUGAACAAUGUUGUGUAUUUUAAAUUUUGUAUUUCGAGGUCUUAAACUGUUCACUGCUACAGACUUAAUGUAAAUAUGUGCUGUAGAACAUUUGGGUCAUGAACUCACCUUUUAAAAAUGCUUGUGUGAAUGUGGAUUUAUAAAGUAUGAACAGAAAUCAAAUGCUUCCAUAUCUUGUAUCUAUAUUAAUGCUAAUAAAGAGCUUAUUUUGUGUUUCUG